UUUGUUUACACGGAGCUGUUAGCUCCCAGCUAAUUAUAUUUCCAUAUAUAAUAGCAUUUGUGGCUAACUGUUAGCAUUAUUUAUAAAUAAUCGUCGAUUAUUCGAAAUGAUCAGACUCGAGAACAGUGGGAUUAUUUGUCGUUUACUGGGGUAGAGUUCAGAGCGAGUGGACGCUAGCUAAGUUAGCUGGUGGUUAGCUUUAGCAUUAGCGGUAGAAUAUUUGCGCUAGAAAUGGAUGUAGAGUAGCGUUAGCAUUAGCAUUAGCAUUAGCAUCAUCUGUGCGCAGUUUAAUGUAAAGCGGAUUUAUUACCAGCAAUUCAGUUCAGAUUGAUUAAACCACCAGAUCAGGAUCGAGUGAAUUAAACAUGUCGUUAGUAGCGUAUGAGAGCAGCGAUGAGAGUGACCGGGAUGAUGGAGCUCCGGAGCCCCGAGGUUCGGUCAAAUCCGGCGGAUUGUUCUCCUCUCUACCCGCUCCCAAGCGCUCCGGACCCGGCGUGAAGCCUCCAUCAGUCCCGGAUCCAGCAAGAACCAAAAAACGAUCAGAACCGGUUAAAAUUACCGUACCUCAGAUAUCUGCUGCCAGUUCAGAUUCAGAUGAAGAUGAACCUGUGAGAAAGAAAUCGAGAUCCCAAGCUGGUGGUCUGUCCUCUCUGCUCCCGCAACCUAAACACCUAUCAGUCAAGGAGACGCAGCGCCCCCUGGUCCCUCACACCCUCACCAAACGGCCCGCGCCUGCUGCCCCCUCUAAAGUGACCAAGCCAGCGUCUGGGUCGAGCGCGUCACCUUCAGCUAUCAAAGCCGCGGCUAAAUCUGCAGCGCUGCAGCUGGCCCGUCAGAUAACGGCCGACGAGGACGGCAGCGACGACGACCUGGCUCCCGAGAAUUACUUCUCCCUCCCCGAAAGCUCCUCAGCACCUACGGUCGGGGCUCAGUACCCAGAUCCUCGAGCAUACGCCUCUUCUCUACCACCUCCCACCGGCGCUGAAGACGCUCCCCUCGACUUCAAAGCGAACGCAGAGUCUCUGCCUCAGCCUGCCUGGGUCGGGGUGGAUUACCAGCCUCAGCAGGAUCAGCAGGAUCAGCAGGCCGGCGCUCAGGAUUAUUACGGUGACGGUUACUACCAAGAGAACAACCCUGGGUUCGGUGAUCAGGAGGAACCUGAAUCUUCCACUCUGUUCAACGAUGAAGCAUUCCGCCGGCUGCAGGGGAAGCAGAAUCGAGGGAAAGAGGAAAUCAAGUUCUUAGAGAUUAAAGGCGACGACCAGCUGAGUGGGACCCAGCAGUGGAUGAUGAAGAACAUGAGCGCAGAGGUCGAGCCGCGCAAAUCCUUCAGUAAGAAAAAAGGAGACCAGCCGACGGGACAGCAGAGGCGCAAACACCAGAUCACGUACCUGAUCCACCAGGCUAAGGAGCGCGAGCUGGAGCUGAAGAACAACUGGGCUGAUAAUAAACUCACCCGGAGACAGACGCAGGCCAAAUACGGAUUCUAGCGGACGCCCCACACACACACACCCCCAGCACCCCACUCCAGUCUUUUGUUUUGGGUCAGUCUUUGUUUAUGGUGUAUAUGUUAGCGCUGAGGCUCCACGUGAGUCUUCAUUAGAGUUAUUACAGCACACAGAGAUCAGACGAGGUGUUCCCGGGGUUGGAGUUUGUGCAGUAACUGCUGGGACUUGUCCCGAUCUGCUCGUUUGUUCUGAUCUGCUCCGUCUUCCUGCCAUCUGAUGAUCAGCUGUUUGUUCCGUGCUGUUGACGCUCAGUCCAUUCACACAGUGGAACGUCACACCCUCAGACGAAACACAAACACACACACACACACACACGCACACACACACGCACGUUUCCUUUGAUGUGAUUUUUUUUUGGGGUUCCUCAGCCGGCUGGUGGGCGUCGCCUCCCAAAAUGUAUUCGUAUUAUAGUCAAUAAAAUGUGACUCCAGUUCAUUCCGACCACGUGUUCAUUACAGGGUCGCACUAAUGUGAGCAGCUACAGUCGAGGUCAAAAGUUUACAUACACUCCUUUCUAAAUCUAAGCCAUUUGUAAUGAGUCAAUAUGCAGCAUCAGUUUAGGGAAGGCCCCUUUCCUGUUCCAGCUCUAUAAAGACGUGAAGAAAAGCUCCAGUGUCGUGCACAGAGCCCUGACCUCAGAUGAACUGGAACACCAGCCAUAUAAAUGGUGGCAUCUUUUGACCGAAUGGGCACAAAUUCCCAUACACAGACACACUUCAAAGUCUUUAAAGUGUCUGUUUUAAUACAGUUUGUUUUUGAACCCGGAUGUCCAACAAGCUCGUGGUCAGGCGUCCGAAUACUUCUGGCCAUAUAGUGUACAUCAUACAGCUGGGUCAAAAACCCACACGCACCAAUCAACACUAAUGUAGAGUCUAGGGAGGCGUUUGAAUCCAGUUCAGAGCUAAACUUCACACCCCAGGAUCUUAUGAUCUUAAGGAGCAGUUGUCCUUCUGUCAAGGGUGCAAAGUAGGAACUAAGAAGCCUAAAGCUGCCAGUUUAGCUUCACAAAUACAAAUGUAUUGUAGUUGGAAAAACGUCUCCUGAGGCGACGGAUCUCGAUUUUUUUCGGACGCAGGGUGCAGACGGGCGGCCCAGAAUUUACGGGUUGUGAACAGCGACCCCAUGUGGUCUUCUGUGGCCUCUCGCACACAUUAAGGUCCGAAAUGAAUAGCAUGUUGGCUCAGCGUGCUCGUGAUGAGAGGUUUGUCGAGUCGACGAGGCGUUUCGGAACAGAACUGCUGCUCACUGGAUGUUCUUUGAAAGAUGUUCAUGUUGACGUGAAGCUUCUGGUUAAAGAUGCGUGAAUCAUUUCCACCUAAGGUGUGUGGACUGAGCUCAUCAGCGUUACAGCAGCGUCAUGACAGCUCGGUCAUUCAGUUACUCUGUGUGUCGCGACGGCGGGUUUUUAAUGUUAAAUUCUGUAUGAUGUAAUAAAAAUGUGGAAAUAUUAAA